AUGUCACCAAAGAAUUAUUCGCGUAGAGCAGUUUCAAAGCUUCUGAAUUGUUUAUCAGAGGAAAUUGAAAAGCAGCAACCAAAAAAUGUCAUUCAUUUUAUGGUAGAUUUUUUGUGCAAGAAUUAUGGGUCGCAUUUAAGAGGAUUUGCCCAUGUAUGGGAUGUUGAUAUUGAAUUGGAAAAGGAAAAAAAAUUAGUCAUUGAAUUUUUUAAGAGUCAAAAGUUAACAACUGAAAUUGCUAAACAUUUUAUCAACGUUGGAUUUGAUAGUAUGGAAUCCUUAUUAUAUUUGAAUGUCCACAUUUUAGAUGACAUUGAAAAGUUUAAUAAGGUUAAUUGGUUACCUGGGCAUAAAAUAAGAUUACAGCAAAUGUUUUCAAAUAUUGAUGAAAACGUUAAAAAGUUUUAUAUGGAAUAUGAGGAAGGAGCAAAGAAUAAUAUGGACUACAAUUGUAUUAGGCAACAAGCCAAUUACACACUUCCUCCACCAUAUGAACACUUUUAA